AUGAACAAAAAGCGACGCUUCACGCGCGUGGUGGCGGCCCGUGCAGUGCGUGGCCACCAGGGCGAGCGCGCAGCGCGGCGCGACCUGCGCACUGUGGGCUACCGGUCCACCGCAUGCCCCUACGCCAAGAAGAAGCUGCCUUGCCCCGACGGCGACCAGUGCGCGAGCUCGCACAACCUGUUUGAGUACUGGCUGCACCCAGAGAGCGGCGAGCUUAGGCCGCUGGCCCCAGACCUGCCGCCCGCCGAGCUGUGCUGGAGCACGGGCGCGUCCCUCAAGCUCGGGGCUAAGCGCGCAGCCGCGGCACGCCACACCACCACUGUCGUACAGGCAAACACACGCAUGCAGACUGCCCCCCUGGCUGCUGCUGCGGGCGGCGCCGGCACGUACGUCGCCACGCAGGCGCAGCACGGCGCCGCCGAGCAGGCGGGCGGCGGACUGCAGGCCGGUGGGGGCGGCACAGCCUACGGCGCAACAGGCCCAGGCGGCGCUGCCGCGCUUCACAGGUAUGGCAGCGUCGUGCUGGUCGGCGGCGACAGCAUCGUGGUUGGCGGUGACGUCGGCGGCGACGGCAGAGUGUCGUAUGUUCCUGCCCCCUCGGCUUACCAGGCAUCCGGCGGCAGCGGGAGCCCGCAGCUGGUGAUGGUCCAAAAUGGACUGCUGGGCGUGCAGCACCCGCACGGCGACGCCGGCGGCAAUGCCGGCGGGCACGUCCUGCACUUGCAGCAGGGCGGCGGCGACGUUCUGGCGGUCGAUAUGUCUGGCAAGGGCGUGGGCACCGAGGCAGCGGGCGGCGUCUUCUAUCAGCAGACGUGGCAUGAGGCCCCUGCCGGCCUGCUCCAGGUGAUGCCUGGCGGGGGCCUGGUGCUGGUGCCACAGGUACAGCCCCGGCAGCAGCAGAUGCUGCUGCUGCAGCAGCAAGUGCAAUACCAGCCGCAGCAGGCGCAGCAGCAGCAGCAGCAGCGGGCACAGCGACAGCAGCGGCAGCAGCAGCGGCAGCGCCAGCAGCAGCAAAGGCAGCAGCAGAGGCAGCAGCAGAGGCAGCAGCACCAGUUCUUCACAACCACGCGGCAGAGCGCUGGCCUGCAAUCGCAGGGCAGCGGCACACACUCCAGCAGCAUGGGCGACAUGAUGCACUUUGCCGGGACCAGCAGCUCUCCAGCCAGCAGCGGCAGCCUCGGCACGCCUCAGCAGCAGGCGCAGCCCCCAAUGCAGCAGAUGUGCGAACCACAGCAGCAGUCCCUCCAGCGGCAGUCAUCUGUGGCGGUGGCGGCCCUCCAGGUGCGCGCCGUGUCCGCUUAA